AUGUCUUCGCCUCAAAUUUGGCUCAUCACGGGUACCUCUUCAGGCCUUGGAGCUGCUUUCGUUAAAGCAGUCAUUGCACGGGGUGGCAAAGUGAUUGCGACAGCCCGGAACGUGGACAGCAUCCUUCAUCUCAAGGCGCUCGGCGCAGAAACUCUGCAGUUGGAUGUCAGUUCCUCUCAGGAAGAGCUGAAUAAAAAGGCUCAAGAGGCUAUCUCCAUCCACGGGAAGAUCGAUGUUCUUGUGAACAACGCUGGUUAUGUUCAAUUUGGAACGGUCGAGGAAACCACAAUUGAGGAAUGGAACCAACAAUAUCAAACAAAUGUCUUUGGGACCCUCAAUACCACUCGUGCUUUUCUACCACAUCUUCGCCACAACAAGUCAGGGACUAUCAUUUUUAACGGAUCAAUGGCCGCUUGGGACGGUGUUCCGACUGCUGGAGCAUAUUGCUCUUCAAAAGCUGCACUCCAUUAUGCCGUGGAGUCUCUAUCACGAGAAGUAGCCCGAUUUGGCAUCAAGACCCUUCUUAUUGAGCCUGGGACUUUUCGCACGAACUUCUUGAGCGCUCAGAGCCAAAAGCGGGCGGUUCCAAAAUACAAUGACUAUGAGGAAAUCAAUGUGGCGAUUUCUGGCGAAUAUGACAAACUAGCUGGAAAUCAGACCGGGGAUCCUCAGAAAGCCGCCGAGCUGGUUGUCGAUGUUGUGAAAGGGGAGAAUGGGGCUGGCGGAAGGAAAUGGCCAAGCUCACUGUUAUUGGGAUCUGAUGCGGUUGAUUUGAUCCGGAAGAGAUGUCAGGAAACUUUACGUGAGCUAGACGAGUGGGAGGUGCUUUCGAGAUCAACAGAUGUGUAA